AUGGAAUUGAUUCAAGAUUAUUGCGAGCUUCAGCUAAGAAUAGAUUCACUUGAUAAAGAUAAUAUAGUUGAAGCCUUCAAAUGGAUUCGCAAUUCCUCAAUUUAUCGAAAAAAUGAUGGACCUGCUCAAAUUAUUUCAAUUCUUCUCCAAAACACAUAUAUUCGACCUAAAAAUAUUGGAUCAUUUGUAAUUUUGGCUGAAUUAAUUCUUAAGCCUUUCCCUGUUGACGAAAUAAUUAAAAUAUUAGUUCGAAAUUUUAAAAACAAUUCUCCUCCUUUCAGCGGAAGAACAACUCAAAAUGUUAUAUUCUUUAUUAACACUAUAGAUCUCCUUAACAUUCCAAAAGAAAAUGUUAUUGAUCAGUUAAUUCCUUUAUUCACGAACGAACUCUUUGAAAGAGAUGAUAAUUUCAAUUUGUUUAUAUAUCUUGGCCCAGACCUAGAGAAAUAUAAACCAGAAUUAUUUGAAUCCAUUAAGAAACAAUAUGAUGAAUCUCUUCCAAAAUGGAUAUCAAAUUUCAAUCGAAUUAGAGCAAAUGAUUGGGCUUUAUUGAAACAAUAUCGUGAAGAUUUUGGUGUAAAAGAUGGUAUUAAUUAUGCAGUUAGAAAUGAUGAUCUUAGUGCAAUUAGAAUAGGUCUUAUUACUCCAACAUUCAGCCUGGAUCAGACGAUUAUUUUCAAUGUUUAUGAGCCAACUGUUCAGAUUAACAAAUCACCAAGUAUUUUUGAUUACGCUUUGUUCUGCGGUUCACUUAAUAUUGUUCAAUAUUACCUAGUUAAUUGUCUUCCUAAAGAUCCUAUGGUCACCAAAGAGCCAAUACAUGCUCAAUAUGCAAUUGCAGGAGGAAAUGUUCAAUGCAUCUCACUCCUUCAACAAUAUAAUUUUACUUUUGAAGGCUGUUUGCAUAUUGCCGCAAUGUUCCAUCAAAAAGAUUUAUUUUAUUGGCUCGUUGAGAAUGAUUAUGCAGAUUUCGAGCAGGUCUUUCCAAACUUUGGUUCUGUUUUGCAUGCAGCAAUUAAGUUUGGAAACUUUGAUGCAUCAAAGAUUUGUGUGGAAACUCAAAAAGGAGCUUCAUUGCAAGAUAAUAAGGGAAGAACACCACUUCAUGUUGCUGUUCUUUCCGGAUUAUUGCCAUAUGUUGAAAUGAUUUUAUCUAUGGAUGGUGUUGAUGUUAAUGCAGUUGAUCUUGAUGGAAUGACACCCCUAAUGCUUGCAGUUGAAUACAAUUAUAUUGGAAUAAUUAAAAGAUUGCUUGAAAUCAAUAAUAUAGAAGCGGAUUGUGUCGAUUCAAUUGGACUAACUGCUCUUGGUCAUGCAGCUUGUAAUGGACAUGUAGAAAUUUUGAAAUUACUUUUGGAAAGAAAUGAUAUUGAUGUUAAUAGAAUAGAUGAAGAAGAAAUGACUCCAAUUUUGAGUGCAUAUGAAAGUGGUGAAUACGAAUGUUGCUUAUUACUUGCAAAAGAUGAAAGAGUUGACUUAACAAUACGUAACGAGGAAGGACAAACAAUUGCUCAUUUAGCUGCAGGAAGUAAUAAUUUACCAUUGUUUGAAGCUUGCUUAGAGAGAUGUGAUAUUGAUGACGCUGACGAAGAAGGAACGAGAGUAAUUCAUUAUGCUGCAACAUCUCAGAAUGUAGAGUUUAUUAACGCAUGCAUUAAUCAUGGAGCUGAUUAUAAUGAACCGGAUUUAAGUGGGUCUACACCUUUGCAUAUUGCAGCAAAAAGUGGAUCACUUCCGGUUGUUAAAUUACUUUGUGAGAAAGAAGAUGUUGAUGUAAAUGCAAUUGAUGAAGGCGGAUUCACACCAUUGCAUUGUGCAGUUUUUGCAAUGAAUUCAGAAGAGAUUGUUAGGGCAUUGUUUGAAAGUGGCAGAUUGGAGCCUAAUAUUACAGCGAUAGAAUUACAAGCAACACCACUUAUGAUUUCAGCUAAAAGAUAUGAUAUGGAUACUAUAAAAGUCUUCCUUGAACAUGAUGGAAUAGAUGUUUAA